AUGAGUGUUAUAGAUGAUUUUAUAAAUCUACAGAUUCCCUCUGUGAUUUUUAAGGAUGAUUGUGGCUACUGUUACGAGACGAUGUAUAACGAUGACUUCACCACAUCGCAUUGCCUAAAUGUCUGUCUUCACUGCUUCCAGAGCUUCUGCCCGGAGCAUACCACACUACAUCGAAGGGUGACGGGAGCCGGGUCAAACGGCUGUCAUGACUUCUAUUUGAAGCUCAGUAAGGUCAAGAAAGCAGACGUCGGAGAACCUACUGAAAAGAAGCUGAAGUUGGAAAUAAAUGAAAAGUCGGAGGAUGAGGUUUACGACUCGUAUUGGUCUCUAAUAAAAGGUACGUCCUCCAUAGCAGACAACCAAACGCAAGGACUGGACCCCAAGGUAACGAAUAAAGUGAAAAACAUAUUGCAGGCUAGGUCCAGCAACUUUCAGCAGAUGGCCAAUUCUUGGCAACUCGAGGUUAAAGCCUGCGAACACGUCAAAUCCUUCACAGUCAGCGCAGGAGCAGCUCAAGAUGUUGGGAAAAACUGUGCGGACUGCGACCUGGGCAAUAACCUAUGGCUCUGCCUGCAUUGCGGCCAUCUGGGCUGUGGCCGACAACAAGUAGGAAUCGAGGGCCAUUCUCACGCCUUGGCACACUUUCAACAGCAUCCCGACCACCCACUCGCGGUCAAGUUGGGGUCUUUAAGCCAGUCGUCUGCAGACGUCUACUGUUACGCCUGCGACGAUGAGGUCCACUUCGAUGACAGCAAGGUGUGGGUUCAGGCCUUGGCCCAUUGGAACAUCGACAUUGGAGACAGGGUGGCUCAAGAGAAGACUCUAAUGGAACUACAACUCGAGCAAAAUAUGAAUUGGGACUUUCAAAUGGUCGAUUCUCAGGGCCACGACUUACAACAUCUGCCCAGUUCGGCAGAGUUCGGCUGCGGGUUGCUAAAUUUGGGUAAUUCCUGUUAUAUGAACUCUGUUCUCCAAGUACUUGUGAAUGGGGGCGUCUUUACAUGGUCUCUAAAAGAGUUGGGUGAUUUCCCUGCUGAUGUCGUUUACGUUUCUAGUAACCUCAAAUGCCAGCUUCUCAAGCUGCGAAAUGCCAUGACAGUAGAGCCAGCCAAAUACUCACAAGGCGUCAAACCAACUACUUUCAAAAGAUGCAUCGGCGGAAGGCAUGAAGAGUUUAGCUCAGGAAGGCAACAGGAUGCUUUGGAGUUUUUCUCUUACUUCACAAAUCUAUUGGACAAAAGGGUGUUCAAUGAAACAUCAUCAAAUCCGAACGAUUUGUUCAGAUUCAAUGUCCAGGAUAGACUAGAAUGCACUAAAUGCCACUCCGUUAAGUAUAGCAGCCAGUCAUAUGACUACCUGCAGGUCCCGCUUUCUGAGAACGACGAGCCACAGGAACUUUCCGAAAGAAUAUCUAGCUAUUUUGCGGGAGAAGAUGUCAGUUUCAAAUGCCCUUACUGUAAGGAAAUGGUGACUGCUGUAAAAUCAUCGGGCUUCCAAUCAUUCCCAAAAACCCUGGUUGUUAGUCCUACACGGAUAAAACUUGUUAACUGGAUGCCGGUGAAGAACUCACAGGAAGUUCUUUUGCCUGGAAUAGAGACCGCUGAUACGUCCACCUUACAAUUGGGCGCCUUCAAAUCUCACGGGUUUGAUAGUGAAAAAGAACGACUGCUGCCAGAAAACGAGACAAACGAAUUCAAACCGAAUGUCCAAUGCGUGGCUGACCUUUUAGAAAUGGGCUUCACGGAGAAUGCAGCCACGAAGGCUUUGUUCUACACUAACAACAGCGGCAUGGAGGAUGCUAUGAACUGGCUGUUCUCCCACGUCGAGGACCCUGAUCUCAAUGAACCAGCCGUAUUGCCCACUAACACGUACGAAGCCGAAAUGUACAAUCCACAAGAACUGGAAGACAUGGUUUCUAUGGGUCUUGAUCCACAGCUAUGUCGAAAAGCGCUCAUUCUCAACCAGGGCAACGUCACCGCCAGUGUGGAAUGGGUUUUUAACAAUUUGGAUGACGAUGGUCUCAUUGUCAAAGAAACUCCAGUCAAAAAAGAAGAUCAAAUGUACGGAUUUUCUGAUGAGUCUCUCGCAAACUAUUCUCUGAAAGCUGUUAUUUGUCACAAGGGCUCUUCCGUGCAAUCGGGGCAUUAUGUCGCAUUUAUCAAAAAACAAGUGGGUGAACAAACCAAAUGGGUUCUCUACAAUGACGAAAAAAUGGUAGUCGCCGAAGAUCCCAUGAACAUUCAGGAAUUAAAGAAGAACGGUUACAUUUACUUCUUCAACAGAUGCUGA